AAGCGCACUCGAUUGUUGCGUUCACACAACCACAAGUCGAUUGAUUCAUUUCUCAUAUUUCCGAUUUGGACGAAACCUGGUCCUGCAAAGGCAAGCAAACACAAGCAAACGAAAUCCAUCAGAACAACACCGGAGAAACAUGAAAUCUAGCGUGGAUAAUCGCCGCAGCCACUUCGCCAGCAAAGCAGGACUCCGGGUUGGGGUGAACCUGGACGCUGCGGGCGUGAUUUCGGAGGAUUCCUCCGACUCUUCGCUGCUGGGAGUGGCCCAUCGUUUGCACCCUCCGCCCGUUCGAAGAAAAUCAUCGGCGAACGGAUUCGCUGGGUCGACGACCGCGGCAGCCCCAGCAAAAAGCGCAGCGAAGGCUGCCGAAGCCUCUUCUUCGCGGCGUCGCAUCGUCCGCUUCCGAUACAGUGCUAUUCUUCCGGAAGCAACACCACAGCCCUUCCGCGAACGCUUCUCGUUCGACGAGAAGGAGGUGCUGCUGCUGGCGGGAGAGGCACGGGCGACCAAGAGGGCUGUGUCGUCGUGGCCCGCGGAUGUCCUCCGGAAACCGCAUCGGACCAGCGAACCGGACGUGGCCAACAUGGUCGUCGACACCACCGACGGCGGUGGUUCGAACGAGAGCGACGACAACGACGACGACGUUCGGCACAAACACAAACGGCGCUGUGUUGGCCGUCACCAUCGAUCGGUGGUGGAGAUUGACUUUUUUGCCGACGCUCUGCCGCAGCUGGAGGACGACUUUCCGAUCAAAGAAAUCUGCUUCCGGAAGUAUUGACUCGUGGAGUGCAUGACAAUCGCACAGUUAGUCUACGGCACGAUACUCGCGUGGUUCAAAAGGUGCUCUCGAGAACGACACAAGGCGGACCAUAGACAGCUUUAAAAAUAAAUGUGGGAUCUGUUC